AGGAAGAGUGACUGCGUCCUGGCAGAAGAAAACCCUGACUAGUGCUCGGCUGUGAGGGUGGGGUGAGGGGGUCUGUGGGUUUCAGGGGAGUGAAGUCACGCAGCAGGAAAGUCACAGGACCUGCUCAUUCAGCCGGGGUACACAGGAUGGAUUCCUGUGGAGUUUCUGGGGUGUCUCAGCCAACACGGCAGCUUGGCUCCCUCAGCUUCCUCCCCCGCACCCCAGCUCCAGGAACAGAAAUAAAAGAAGGUGAACAAGGAAACAGCAAGACCCAAAGAAAGCGGAAGUGGGAGCUUUGGACACUGACUCUCCCCCGGCAGAGCUGUAGCCUGGGGUCCAGUCUGCGCAGCUGCAGGUGACCUCUGUGGGCAGAAUGUCCCCCGGCCGGGGGCUGCCUUGGGCUCUGCUGCUUCUCCGGCUCCCAGGCUGUCUUCUCCUGAGCGGUCCUAGCAUUGUGAUUGGCACCGUGGGGGAAUCCCUAAGUGUGCGGUGCUGGUAUGACGAGGAAGACAGGACACGUAACAAGUACUGGUGCAGAGAAUCAUUUAUGGUACUAUGUGACCAUAUUGUGGAGACUAAAGGCUCAAUGAGAGUAGUGAGGCGGGGCCGAGUGACCAUCAGGGACCAUCCCGCCAACCUCAGCUUCACGGUGACCUUGGAGAACCUCACCCUGCAGGACACAGGCUCCUACCAGUGUGGGGUUGAUGUAUCGUGGCAAAAAGAUCCCACCGUCGAUGUUAUAGUGUCUGUUCUCCCAGCAGCAACUUCAGAGAAACCUACAAGUUACAUCAUAGCCAGGACUUCAACAACCACAGCCAAAGUCCCAGCCAUAUCUUUUACCAGCCAGAGGAAUACCACUCACACCUCCAGCAGCCAGGAGAACCAGCAAGUUGUCCAGGACUCAAGGCUCCCUGUGCUGCUGUCCUUGCUGGGUGUUCUGUUGCUUCUGUUGAUGGGGCUCUCGCUGCUGACCUGGAAGAUAUUGCAGAAGGAGGUCAAAGGUGGUGAGCAUUCAAGGCCAGGCCGGAACCCCAGGCAGGCCGUUGAGCAGUGUGAGCCUCACUACGCAAACCUGCAACUGCACACAUGGUCACUGCGGGAAGAGCCAGCGACGCCGAGGCAGGUGGACGUGGAGUACAGCACAGUGGCCACCGCCGAGGAAGAUCUUCACUACAGCUCAGUGGUGUUUGAUUCACAGAAGCAGAACUCUAAUGCCAAUGGGGUUUUCUCCCAGAGACCCCAGGAGGAGGAACCAGAGUACAGCGUGGUCAAGAAGCCUAAGAACCACCUUCUUAGCCCAUGUCCCCCACAGUCUGCUGCCUCAGUGGGGACCAACAGACAGCUGAGCUCCCAGCAGGCUGUCCCUCCCAUGCCCUGAGCCCAGCCAGCUUCACUGGGGAUAAGAAGGAACCAGGGAUCCGCUGGACCAGUGGGAAGCCUGUCCCACUAUCUCUUUCAUCUUUGCCCUGCUACCUCCCAGCUGUGUGUGUGGAGGAUGCCACUCCCCAGUCCUAUGUGACUCUAGGAAAUGACAUGGUUCACAUUAGAGAAUACCUGCAGAUAGCUUUGUAAAUCACAGCCUCAUAGAAAUGUCCUGAUUGCUGGGCAAGGAGAGCUGAGAAACAGCAAUGACAGGGAUUUGUUCCUGUGCAGAAGAUCACAGGGCACCAGUAAAAAUCACCCCACAGAUAAGGACACUGAGGCUUAAAGGGAAGACACUGGCCUAUGAUUCCAGAACUAUUGACAAAUUUCUCUGGACUCUUAGACUUAUGUUUAAUAUAUGAGAUAUAAAUAAAGUUUAAACUAUC